AUGGAAAGGAACCCGAAGGAACAAUGUAAGGCCAUAACCUUGAGAGAUGGAAAGGUGAUUGGUGAAGAAGAAUCACUAAAGAAGGCGGAAAGUGAAGCAGAGUUACCAAUCUCUAUUGAAGAAAAGAAAGCGAAUUCAGAGAAAGAGACAGAGACUAAGGUAAAGGAAAUUGCAAGCGGUAAAGGAAAAGAUACGUCCAAUUAUGAUUUUGUUGUUGUUGAAAAAGAUGUAUCUAAAUUUCUUUAUCCUGAUAGAAUUAGAAAGAAUAAACUAGAUCAACAAUUUUCAAAGUUUUUAGAGGUCUUUAAGAAAUUGCAAAUUAAUAUUCCAUUUGCUGAAGCUUUAGCACAGAGGCCUAGUUAUGCAAAGUUCCUAAAAGACAUCCUUUCUAACAAGCGGAAGAUCGAGGAGCAUGGGACAAUUAUGCUCACUGAAGAAUGCAGUGCCAUACUGCAAAAUAAAUUACCUCCUAAACUGAGAGAUCCAAGGAGUUUUACUAUACCUUGUGCAUUAGGAGAUUCAUUCUUUGAUAAAGCAUUGAAGCCAGGACUUAGAGAAGUGAAAGAGACGAACAUGUCGCUACAGCUUGCUGAUAGAUCAAUCAAAUGA